AUGUUGAGAAACACUUUUUUAAGAAACACCUCGAGAAGGUUUUUGUCUACCGUCAAGCAACCUUCCAUCGGAAGAUACACUGGUAAGCCAGAUCCUUCCACGGGAAGAUACACAGUCUCAUUCAUCGAAGGUGAUGGUAUCGGUCCAGAAAUUUCUAAAUCAGUGAAAAAAAUCUUUAGUGCAGCAGACGUUCCCAUAAAUUGGGAGUUUUGUGAUGUAAGCCCCAUCUUCGUGAACGGGUUAACUACCAUCCCAGAUCCUGCCGUACAAUCUAUCACCAAGAAUUUAGUUGCUUUGAAAGGCCCUCUAGCCACACCAAUUGGUAAAGGUCACAGAUCUUUGAACCUGACCCUAAGAAAAACAUUCGGUCUGUUUGCUAAUGUUCGUCCUGCCAAAUCUAUCGAAGGUUUCAAGACUACUUAUGAAAACGUUGACUUAGUCCUUAUCAGAGAAAAUACUGAAGGUGAAUACUCCGGUAUCGAACACAUAGUUUGCCCCGGUGUUGUUCAAUCCAUCAAAUUGAUUACAAGAGAGGCCUCCGAGAGAGUCAUCAGAUAUGCUUUUGAAUACGCAAGAGCCAUUGGCAGACCAAGAAUCAUCGUGGUACAUAAAUCUACUAUCCAGAGACUAGCUGAUGGUCUUUUCGUUAGUGUUGCCAAAGAAUUAUCUAAGGAAUACCCUGAUAUUACCUUUGAAACCGAACUUAUCGAUAACAAAGUGUUGAAUGUCGUUACUAACCCAUCUUCCUACACUGAUGCUGUCUCUGUCUGUCCAAAUCUUUACGGUGAUAUCCUAUCUGACUUGAACUCUGGUUUGAGUGCCGGUUCUUUGGGUUUAACUCCUUCUGCGAAUAUUGGUCAUAAAGUCUCUAUCUUUGAAGCUGUUCAUGGUUCUGCUCCAGAUAUUGCCGGAAAAGACAAAGCCAACCCAACUGCGCUACUUUUGUCCUCAGUUAUGAUGUUAAACCACAUGGGCCUAACUUCUCAUGCUGAUCAAAUUCAGAAUGCAGUUUUGUCUACCAUCGCAUCUGGUUCAGAAAACAGAACCGGCGAUUUGGCUGGUACUGCUACUACUUCCUCUUUCACUGAGGCAGUCAUCAAGAGAUUAUAA